AUGAAGUCGAUUUUAUCUAUUACUUUUCUUUUUCUGAUUGUCAUCCCGGUGCUGGUGAAAUCCAAUAAAAAUGGCGAAGAUUUGCCCCGUGGUGUAAUUCGUGGUCCGUUGUUGCAUGAGCAUAGCCUUCAAUCGCCUUUGGUUCAUGACUGGUGGGAAGAAGGUAUUCCUCAUUUCAUGAUUGGUGGAUCAGCGAUUGCAAGUACGAAUUUCAUUCGUCUUACCAGCAACAAUCUUGAUGAUCAUGGGUUUGCUUUCAACACUGCGCCGAUGGAUCAUGACAACUGGGAGGCUCGCAUUAAGUUCUCUGUUCGCCCACCAGUCCCAGCCUUGCGUUCGAAUGCUAGCGGAAUUGCAUACCAAGGUGGCGAUGGUAUUGCCAUUUGGUAUUUGCAACAGCCAAUUGGUGAUGAUCAUCAGCAUGUUUUGAAGUACAGUAAACCCAUUACUCGCGAGAUAGAUUUAGAAAUGCGUGAUAAAGAAGACCCUUGGAGGAUCGUUGACACUAUUCUUAACACAAACGAAGAAGAAUUUGACGACUAUGCCGGUUUACCUGACGAAGAUCUGACUGAAGAGGAGAAAAAAAAACGUGACAGCGCAAAUGAGCGCAGGGAACUCAAACAAACUCAGCGUAAUGCGCUAUUCAGGAAAAUUUUUAAAAGAGGCGCAUCUGUAGAUGACACAGAUCGUGAACCCCGUAUCAUGGGUGUAAGAUACUCGGAUUUCUGUAAGGGCUUUGCGAUUGUGCUAGAUUCUGUUGGUGAUGAAUAUGAACACAAAGAAAAAGGGGACGCAAUUAGACACCAUCACAAGUCUAGUAUUUCAUUGCUACUUAACUUACCAGAUCACACGACUGAAUCUAGUACAGCCAUACAUAAUAACUUUGAUGGAACGCAGUUAAACUUUCGUAAGUUUUCGCCUAUUCUUCGAUGCGAGUAUGAUUUCCGCCAGUUGCCAAUUGGGUCGUAUGCGUCAAAGAAAGAUGUUGAUAAAGAAACUUUGGCACUUAACGCCCAUGAGGAGCCUGCUGAGCUAAUAAUCCGUUAUUAUGAAAAAAAACUUUCCAUAAUUAUUCAACGUGAAGAUAUAACGAAACGAAAAAUUAUCAGAGCAGCAAACAGAAACAUGGCGAACAAGGCCGAGACAAUUGAUAUCCACCGAACUUACAAGGAGACACUCUGUGGGGAAGUGUUUCCAGUUAAUAUUCCCCUUGGGUAUCACUUUGGUAUUUCAGCAAGCACUGGUCAUCUUGAAGACCACCAAGCGCAUGAAAAAGAGGAGGGUAUUUUUUAUCAGCACAAAAACGACAGUCUAACGCAUGUGGACAUUCAUGACAUCCACAGGAUUGAGUUCCGUGAACUUGGAACCGAUCCCAGAGAAAUGGGGUAUACAAAGAGUGUCCCCAUCGAAAGAUUCAAUUAUGAAGGUGAUCAGCGUGAACGUCAACACUUCUCUAGACAAAUACCUGUGAGACCAGAUGCCGAGGUUCCAUAA